UCCCGUUCAGUUCGUGCACGUAGACGGACCUCCUCAACUUCUAAACACAUACCUGACAGAGUUCAUAGAGUUUUGAGUAUUGACGAGCAUCAUGAAGAUGAAGAAAAAGAGCGUUCCAAGCGAGCCAUGUUUGCAUGGAUGGAAGCUGGAAAAAGAGCAAAGCCGGCGUAUUUCAGACCGCAUGAAGACACUUCACAACCUGCAGAUGACGAGGGUCAGAUACCAGAGCCUGUUCACCAAAUCUCUUCACCGAGCGCCCUCCACGAUGAGAUCGCAGUUCAAAAUCCUAUAAGCAGGGAUGAUUUGAGUGAGGAUACUGACGUGAUCCGGCUUGAGAAGCAUGGUAUUGAAGUAAGAAUUCCACCGAAUCAAGCUUACAGCGCAAAAGAUGUAACCGUCGAACCAAUCCAUGACAUUCCACCUGAGUUGGUGCUGAAGGAAACGGAAGCCAUUAUUUCCUUCGGCUUGAGAAUGUCGCCAUCCGAUGCAACCUUCGACGUUCCGGUGACAGUAACGAUGCCCCAUUGUGGAAUAUUCACAAAGCCAGAGGCUGCGGAAGUCGUCACUUAUCAUCGCAAGAGUGGUAAAGUCUGGUCUUUCUCAAUGUCUCGCUCUCUCUCUGUCCCAUUCACUCUGCCAUUCAUUAAGUAAAGUAAUAUAUAUUCUCAAGGAAGUU